GCGCCACUCGAUCAGGGAUCGGCGCCACUGACUGAUCCGAUCAGGUUCAGAUCUCCAUCUCCCAAACCGAACAGCGGGGCGGGUCGCCUCGCCGCCAUCUUCCCGCCAGCCAACUUCCCGUCCACCCGCUCCCGCCACCGUAUCCGUAAAACCCAAUCCCCUUUCCCCUAGGGGCCAUGCUGCGCGCGGGCCUCCGCCUCCGCCUCCCCUCCACGCUCACGAGCUCGUAAUCGUUGCCUGCUGCCGCUCCUGCGCCGAGCGGCCAACCCGCGCCGCCGCCACCGAUGGAGGCCACCGGCCGGGGCCUGUUCCCGAACAAGCCCACCCUCCCGGCGGGGCCGAGGAAGCGGGGCCCGCUCAUCCCGGCCGCGCCCCCGCCGCCGUCGCCCUCCUCGCUCCCGCUCGACUCGCUCCUGCUCCACCUCACCGCGGCGCCGGCGCCGGCCCCCGCGCCGCGGCGGUCGCACCCGACACCGACGCCGCCGCACUCCUUCCUCUCCCCCGCCGCGCAGGCGCUGGUGCUCGCCAUCUCCUCGCACCCGCUCCCGACACUCCCGGCCUUCCUCGCCUCCCGCCGCGACGAGCUCCUCCCCGCGGACAUCCCGUCCUUGCUCAAGGCGCUCGAGCUCUCGGGGCACUGGGAGUGGGCGCUCGCGCUCCUCCGAUGGGCCGGCGCCGAGGGCGCCGCCGACGCGUCCGCGCUCGAGAUGGUCGUCCGCGCGCUGGGGCGCGAGGGCCAGCACGACGCCGUCUGCGCGCUGCUCGACGAAAUGCCGCUCCCGCCCGGGUCCCGCCUCGACGUCCGCGCCUACACCACCGUGCUGCACGCGCUCUCCCGGGCGGGUCGGUACGAGCGCGCGGUCGAGCUCUUCGCCGAGCUCCGGCGGCAGGGGGUGGCGCCCACGCUCGUCACCUACAACGUCGUGCUCGACGUGUACGGCCGGAUGGGCCGCUCGUGGCCACGGAUUGUUGCCCUCCUAGAUGAGAUGCGGGCCGCCGGGGUCGAGCCUGACGACUUCACUGCCAGCACGGUGAUCGCCGCGUGCUGCCGUGAUGGGCUUGUUGAUGAGGCGGUGGCAUUCUUCGAGGACCUCAAGGCCCGGGGCCACACCCCAUGCGUCGUCACCUACAAUGCGCUGCUCCAGGUGUUUGGCAAGGCCGGAAACUACACGGAGGCGCUGCGUGUGCUUAAGGAGAUGGAGCAGGACGGCUGUCAGCCAGAUGCUGUGACGUACAAUGAGCUCGCCGGAACAUAUGCCCGGGCUGGGUUCUACGAGGAGGCUGCCAAGUGCCUGGACACAAUGACAUCCAAGGGUUUAUUGCCAAACGCAUUCACAUAUAACACCGUCAUGACAGCUUAUGGGAAUAUUGGGAAGGUGGAUGAGGCACUUGCCCUGUUUGACCAGAUGAAGAAGAGCGGGUGUGUGCCGAAUGUGAACACAUACAAUUUUAUCCUUGGCAUGCUUGGCAAGAAAUCAAGGUUCACUGUGAUGCUAGAGAUGCUUGGAGAGAUGUCAAGGAGUGGAUGCACACCAAAUCGGGUCACAUGGAACACAAUGCUUGCGGUCUGUGGGAAGCGUGGCAUGGAGGACUAUGUCACCCGGGUUCUGGAGGGGAUGAAGUCUUGUGGGGUUGAACUGAGCCGAGACACCUACAACACCCUGAUAGCUGCAUAUGGUCGGUGUGGCUCAAGGACUAAUGCUUUCAAGAUGUACAAUGAAAUGACCAGUGCUGGGUUCGCCCCCUGCCUCACCACAUACAACGCAUUGUUGAAUGUGCUAUCACGACAAGGUGAUUGGUCCACUGCUCAGUCAAUCGUAAGCAAAAUGAGGACCAAGGGGUUUAAGCCAAAUGAUCAGUCAUAUUCACUAUUGCUCCAGUGUUAUGCAAAAGGGGGCAACAUUGCAGGGAUAGAUGCAAUCGAAAAAGAAGUUUACGGAGGUACCGUUUUCCCAAGUUGGGUUAUCUUGAGGACCCUUGUCAUUGCCAAUUUCAAGUGCCGACGAUUGGGUGGCAUUGAGAAGGCAUUUCAAGAGGUAAAGGCCAGAGGUUACAAUCCUGACCUCGUCAUAUUCAACUCCAUGCUGUCAAUGUAUGCAAAAAACGGGAUGUACAGCAAGGUCACCGAGAUCUUCGAUUCAAUCAAGCAGAGCGGGCUAAGCCCCGACCUCAUCACUUACAAUAGCUUGAUGGACAUGUACGCAAAGUGUAGUGAAUCGUGGGAGGCUGAGAAGAUACUGAAUCAGCUCAAAAGCUCUCAGGUGAAGCCUGACGUUGUGUCCUAUAACACGGUCAUAAACGGAUUCUGCAAGCAAGGGCUGAUCAAAGAAGCUCAGAGGAUCCUCUCCGAGAUGAUCGCUGACGGCAUGGCUCCCUGUGUUGUAACCUAUCACACACUCGUUGGGGGAUACGCCAGCCUGGAGAUGUUCAGCGAAGCUAGAGAGGUUAUCAACUACAUGAUUCAGCACAACCUGAAGCCCAUGGAGCUGACCUACAGGAGAGUAGUCGAUAGUUACUGCAAAGCGAAGCGAUUUGAGGAGGCUCGCAGCUUCCUGUCUGAGGUUUCAGAAACUGACCCGAAUUUUGAUAAGAAAGUGCUGCAUACGCUCGCAGCCUAUAUAGAGGAUGCACAGUUUGGAAGGUAGGCUGCCUGUGCUAAAAGGUGGACUAGGUACAGUUUGGAAGGUUUCUUUGGUUACAUACAGGCAAGGCAACUGGCAGUUUGCAAUUUGCAUGGUACGUAUAUGCUCAAGUUUUGAUAGGCAAGGUUACUAAUAAUCUUGAAGAGCCCGCGCUUGUCAAAGACGGCGAUAAUAUUGCACCUUGCAAAUGGUGCUGUAUGUUGUCAAAAUAGUCGCAUUUUUCAACCGUUGUAUAGUAUACCUAUAGCCACAUUCUGCUGUGCAUACUUUAGAUUGCAACAACCUGAAAGCCUGAAGGGCACCUGAUAUGUAUGAUGUAUCAUUCGAUUUCUUCUGAAUAUAAAUUACACACCAUUCAGGUGAUCUCAAAUGGGCAA